GUCUGUGUAUGGCUGAAAUCCAAUUGCAGUGAGCGUAGAGAAUCCAAUAGGAAAAUAUCAAAAUAUUUUCGCGUUAGCACGGACUUAUUAGCAGUGAAAUGCAGUGAAUUAAUGAAAUAAAAAUUAACCUAUUCAACUGUUGAAACGCAAAUGAUUGAACGCGCUUUUGUGUGGCAGUAAAAUUUGUUUAUGCAAGCAUAAAGUUUUGUGUGUACAGAGAUUAGAAAAUACCAUAUUUGGUCACGCUUAGAAAAUCCAAAAAUUGUGAAAAUAACCUGAGCGGCUGGAAAAGCAGUAGUUACGAUUUUAUUACUGUGUUACAAAUUAUAAACCGGCCAGAAAAAAUGAAAAGUAAUUGAAGUUUGCAAACAAUUUUGGAAACAAAACAAAAAUCGUAAAAGUGCACAUAGUUUGAAAACGAAAUACAUAUUUAUCUGAUAUACAUAUUUUGGCAAAUUGUGUUUUUAUUUUGACGUGUAUUUUAUAUGUGCAUUGUUUGUGUGUGUCAAUUUCUCAACAAUUGAAUUAUCUUUUUUCUUUACGGGAGCGAACGCAGGCGAAAAUUGCUAUACAAAUUUAAAUACCAAAUUUCGCGAAUGUUAAAUGGAACUUGUAGAUUUCCAUAGACAUAACUACAAGAAUAUAUUUGCAUUUGUAGGAAUUUCCUUAUUGGCUACAACUCGUUGGAAACGUUCACAAUUAAUAUAGCUGGUGCCUGUGCAACUAUUUGAACUGUCUCUGCAUUUUGGUGUACGAAAAUUCCUUCAUUCAUUCCGGCAUUUCGGUGUAAACGCCGUCACAGCACCAACUUUAAACGUAUGUACGUGUAUUUUGUUGCCGUGAUCGUGUCGUGGUUGCUCUAUUUCAAGCGUUUGCCAUAUCGCGGUGACUAAUUGACAUUUAAUCGUGCUGCAGUUUUGGUUUGUGGAAAAAUUGUUGCUGCAUUUCGUUUAGCUCAACUAAACGCUUGUGUUAUCUGCAUUUGCACUCUCCGCGUAACAAAUAUAUUUGGUGUUUUCAUAGUUCCUGGAGUGUUUUUAUUGUUAUCAAACACGUUGUGCCCGUCGUAGACGUCACAUUCACAAUAAUGGCUGACUUUGAUCUAAAUGUGGAUAGUUUGAUACAGCGGCUACUUGAGCCGUUUAAAAAGCAAAAAGAGGCCGAAGAGCAGGCGCAAAAAAUGCUCGUCGCUCAGCAUAUGCUGCAGCUGCAGAAGGAGCAACAAAAAACCGAUGCACAAUCGCCCGGCGAAGCGGAGGAUCUGCAGGAGCAGGAGCGUCGGCUGCUCGAACAAUUCGCGCUGUCGCCGCCUAGUGAGACGCUCAUCUCGGAGGAGGGCGAUCAAAUAACGGUACAUCAUCCGCGUGAAGAGCCCAAGAAGUCGAAAUUGAAAUUGCGUGAUUUUUUCGUGGCCGAAUUUGUGCGCAGUUGCCGUGCCGGCAAAUCCGUACAGAUGUCCGAAGCCGAAGUACGCGGCCUUUGCUUGAAGUCACGUGAAAUUUUUCUACAACAACCCAUACUGCUGGAACUCGAAGCACCGCUGAUCAUAUGCGGCGACAUACACGGUCAAUAUACAGAUUUAUUGCGUCUCUUCGAAUAUGGUGGCUUUCCGCCAGCCGCCAACUAUCUAUUCCUUGGCGAUUAUGUGGAUCGGGGUAAACAAUCGUUGGAGACCAUCUGCCUGCUUUUGGCGUAUAAAAUCAAAUAUCCCGAGAAUUUCUUCUUGCUGCGCGGCAAUCACGAGUGCGCCAGUAUUAAUAGAAUCUAUGGCUUUUACGACGAGUGCAAACGCCGCUACAAUGUGAAAUUGUGGAAAACCUUCACAGACUGCUUCAAUUGCCUACCUGUUGCCGCUAUUAUUGAUGAGAAGAUCUUCUGUUGUCAUGGUGGUCUGAGUCCCGAUUUGCAGGGCAUGGAACAGAUACGUCGCCUUAUGCGUCCAACUGAUGUACCCGAUACCGGCCUUUUGUGCGAUUUGCUGUGGAGUGAUCCGGACAAGGAUGUACAGGGUUGGGGCGAGAAUGAUCGUGGUGUGAGCUUCACAUUCGGUGUGGAUGUGGUGUCGAAGUUCUUGCAUCGGCACGAGCUGGAUCUCAUUUGUCGAGCGCAUCAAGUCGUUGAAGACGGCUAUGAAUUCUUUGCGCGCCGCCAACUGGUUACGCUCUUCUCAGCGCCAAAUUACUGUGGCGAAUUCGACAAUGCAGGCGGCAUGAUGACUGUGGAUGAUACGUUAAUGUGCUCGUUCCAGAUUCUCAAACCGUCGGAGAAGAAGGCGAAAUACUUGUACAGCGGCAUGAAUUCGUCGCGACCCAAUACACCACAACGCAAUGCACCGCUAAUAGCAUCGAAUAAAAAGGGCAAAUAAUAUAUCCAUCCACUUCCAUUUCCUUAAAAAUUAAUUAAUUACUAUAUUAAAUUAAAAUUCGAGAAUAUUAAUGAGAAUGCAAAUAAACAACAACAACAACAAAAUAAACAAAACUAUAAAAAGAAAAAGCAAACGAAGCGCGCUAGCAGCAAGUAAGGGCGAUAAAAUUUAAAAUGAAAAUUAAAAAAAAAAUCCAAAAAAAACAACAAAAAAUAUACAAAAAAUACAAAAAAAAUAUAAAAAAUGAAGGAGUUAAACCAUGAGAUAUCAGCAAUUACAGCAACAAUAAUGCAAAAACAAUACACAGGUUACAAAGAAAAUGUGCAACAUAAUCUAGAAGAAACAACAAAACAAAAAAAAAAAAAACAAACGAAAACAAAUAUAAAGCAACAACAUGCAAAUAUUUAUUCAAUAAAUUUUAUUUAAAAGUGUAUUAAUAAUGCUUGUAAAAUGGCUAUACACUGUAAAGGUCAACAAACGAAAAAUAACUAUAUAUAUGUAUGUACGACCCUGUAUUUUUAUUAAUUUUAUUUUUAACAUUUUAGUAAAGUCUAAGUAGUUUAAACGAUUCGAAAAUCUAACUAGUUUAUUUAAAAAAAGAUUUAUGAUAAAUUGUUGUUGUGUAAGAACGUAAAAUAAUGAAGCAAGCGAAUGUUAGAAAACUGCAUUCAAAAUGCACGCAAACAUACAUACAAAUUUGUUAUAUAAAAAGUGUAUAGCCGAAGACCGAAAACUGCGGACUUGAACGCAAGAAGCGCCAAGCACGCUAAAUAUAUGCUCGCAUAGUGCGCUGCUCUAAACUCUGUUAAAUUCUGCGAAAUAUUGUAUGUAAAGUAGAAAGUGAAAUUAAUUUGAGCGAAAUGUCAAAUCGAUAAAAUUUCGAAAUAACUGUGGAAAAUGCAUUUGAAAAAUAAAGAUUGUUGGUACAAAAUGUUAUUUGCAUUUAAUUUCUCUUGAUUUCUUGUACUGUCACAUGUUUUUAAUAAUUUCGAAAAUUUUUAUUUCUUUCGAAAAUAAUUUUCGCAAACAUUUUGACGCAUUAAAUAAAAAUUUUUGGGAUAAAAAGAUAUUUGCAUUUAAUUUUUUGUACAGUUAUAUUUUUUUACGAAUUUCGAUUUUUUUUUUUAUUUUUUUCGAAAAUAAUUUUCGCAAGCUUUUUCGCUCAUUCUGAAAAGUACAAAAUGUUAUUUGCAUUUAAUUUCUUUGAAUUGUUGUGCUGUCACAUUUAUCUAAGAAUUUCGAAAAUUUUUUUUUUUUUCGAAAUUAAAUUUCGCAAGCGUUUUGGAGCAUUUAAGCGACGGUUCUUUUGUAGAAUGCAAAAAUAAUACAAACAUUUCAGAUGAAUUGGUGCAAGUCUCGUUAAAAGUAUUUUGAAAAAUUCAAAAAAUGUACCGUAAUCAUUCAAUAAAACCUAAUGCUUCGAAAAGUGUAUAUUUUAUAUAUUGCAGUUAUGAGUCCAAAAACUGUAAGGAAAAUAAUAUUUUAGGGACAUAGAUGGAAUUAAAACACUCGAUUUUGAAAAUCUGCUUUAACGUAACACUCGUUUUUUUAAAAUCUGAUUUAACGUAAGUUCUUCAUCUGUUAAAAAAAUUAAUAAUUUUUUCUCGCACCUGCUGUUAGUGUCCAUUAAAUCAGUUUAACUCGUAUAUUUAAACUUAUAUGUACAUACAUAUGUAUGUAUGUCAUAGAUAUUCGAAAAUAAACUUUUAUUUGUUUUUGAAUGCGUUUUUAAUUAAAAAAAAAAUUUUAAAUAUGAACUUUCGAAAAUUAUACUUCAAAUAAAAAAUGUGCAUGUGUAUGAAAAGAAGUUUUCGAAAUUCGAAAAUAUUUUACACAAUUUCAAUUUUGAAAAAAUGUGUAUUUCGAAAUUUGAAAUUAGUACAAAGCACAAUGAAACAUUUAUAUCGAAUAUUUAAAAAGUAUUGAAAUGAGUUUUUAAGUAAAAAAUGUGCAUGGCAGGCCCAAUGAAUAGUAUAAAGUAACGAAUAUUCAAACAAUUUUUAAAAAUGAUGUCUAAGACAUGGUAAAGAUGUAGCUAAACAGUUUUUUAUUAACUAAUUUAAAUUUUUUUCAUAUAUUUUUAAUUAUUUUUUUUUUGUAAUUAUUAUUAUUUUUUAAUUUUUUAAUAAUUUAUUUAUUGAGGAUUUCUAAUUAAUUUUUUUCAAAUAGUAAUUUUUCUUUUAAUUUUUAAAUUUUGUAUUUCUAAUAAUUAUCGUUUUUUAAUUUUCAAAUUUUUUAUUGAAUUAAUUUUGGUUUUUCCAUAAAUUUUUGAUCUUUUAACUUACCAGCUAAUUAGUUAUAUUUCUAAUAUUAUAGGUUCAGCUAAACAGUUUUUGUGAAGUAUGGUGUUUCAUUAUCUAAUUUUUAUUUAAUAAAAUUUUUAAAUUAAAUUUUCAAUAACUUGGUUUUGAACAAAAUUUUUUUACUAAUUAUUUUUUAAGUUUUGGCAUUAUUUCAUUUAAAAUUUUGGUUUUUCAUAGAUUUUCGAAAAAAAGUUUAAUUUCUAAAAUUUUCAAAGGUUAUUUCUUCUUAAAAAAAGGAUUUUCGAAAAAGGUUUAAUUGCGAAAAAAUUGGCAGUUGGGUUCUUCUUAAUUUUUUUAAAAACAGAUUUUUAUGUUAAUUUUCAGAUUCAGGUCUUCAAUAAAAAAAAACGAUUUUCGAAAAAUGUUUAAGUCCGAAAAAUUUCGAAGUUGGUUUCUUGUUAAAUUUUUUAAAAACUCAUUUGUAUGUUCGUUUUCAGGUUCAGGUCUUAAAUAAAAAAAGGAUUUUCGAAAAAGUUUAAUUUCGAAAAUUUUCGAAGUUUGUUUCUUUUUACAUUUUUUUAAAUUGAUUUUUAUGGUUUUCAGGUUUAGGCUUAAAAAAAAAGGAUUUUCUAAAAGGUUUUAAUUGCGAAAAUUUUCGAAGUUCGUUUCUUCUUAAAAUUUUUAAAAAUUGAUUUUUUUUUGUUCAUGUUCAGUUUCAGGUUUUAAAUUUUCAUAUUCUUUGUUGAAGUAGUUUUGGUUUCUUGUAAAUUUUCGAACUUUAAACUUAUCUCCGCUUAGUGACUUUGAAUGCAUUAUAUUCAAAAAUUAAUAGCAUAUAUUUUAAAUCAAUGCAAUUAUUUGCCGUUUGAAAAUGAAAUUUUUCCAAAGUGCGUAAAACUAACCUUAAAAUAUUGAAAUCGGAUAUACCUACAAACAUACACUAAGUGUUGAUUAAGAGGACGAGGUCGACGUGCGCAUGGUAUGUCUACAUACAUACACAAUAGUUGUACUUUUUAAUUGCUGAGCAUAAGCUAAAAACGAGAUAAUAGUAACUAUGUAUAUAUAGAAAUACAUAUGGCUAAACGAUGCAUACUAUAAAUACAUACAUAUGUAUAUGUAAAGUAUCAUAUAUAUUAUAUAACGAUUUCAUGCAUAUAAGUUACUAAUACCCACUACAUACAUACAUACAAACAUGUAUAGAAGAAAAGCAGUUGUAGAAACUAAAUAUUGAAAUAAAAGUAAUGAAUAAAUAAAAUGGCAAGUGAAAAUAAAUUUGUUACAAGCGCUGAGUCUGUUGUCGUUUGUUAAACCUUGAAUACACAAAUAAGAACAAAAAUAAUAAAUAAUAAAAGGCUAAUUAUUUAUUUAUAUUUUAUUAUUAUAAACAAAUAUAUGUGUACUGUGUGUGUGUUUAUUCAAAGUAAAUAAGAAAAAUAUAUAUUUUUUUUUUACUUUGAAUAAAUAAACAGUUUUCGAAAUAAAAAAUUGAAAUAAAAAUAUAAACAAUAAAUAAAUAAGCGAAUUCAUAGUUCUUUCACAAAUACAACUACAAACAAUUAAUGUACGCAUGUCCAGCAGUGUAAAGGCAAAAAAUCGAAAUAAGUAAGUUUCAAUUACAAAAAUAUAAAGUAUGUAAAGCAAUAAUUUAAACUUACAACAACUACUGCAGUGUAGUAAAUAUACAUGUUGAAUACAAAUGUUAAACAAAAUUAUUAAAUAAACUCUGCAACAUUACACACAA